AUGGAUCAAUCUCACGAUGACGAGAACAAGAUCAGCGCGGGGGAAAACUCAACAAAUUCGAAGAAGGUAGAAAAUUUGGACAGCCCACAGUUCCAGGAAAUGGUGCGAGGUUUUGUGGUUGAAAAAGAAUUACUAGAAAAACGGCACAAAGACGAAAUCGAGAAAUUGAAGGAGAAUUUUUCUAAGAAAGAGAAUAUUCUUUCCGAAAGCCAUGGAGGAGGGCAGGUUCAUGGUGAAUCCAGUCAGUUUGGUCACAGUAGCAGUACCAUGGUGGGCCAGUCGAUGCAGUCGCAGAUGAUGGCGAAUGGCACCAG